GCGGGUUGGCGGAAAGCGGCUACGCUGCGGCACUGGUCGAACGUCCCGCCGCCCUCGCUGCUGCUCCUCGGAAACGAAGUGGCGCCGCCAUUUUCUCCGGCGGACCAAAGUGAGCGUCGCGGUUGUGGACGGCCCUAGUUGAACGUUAGCGCCGAUAAUUCUGCAGAGAAGGCCUCUCAGAAACACCUGAGCAGCCAGACCGCUUCCCAUUUCAUCUGGAAGGUAACUAUUUCGGGGAAGGAAGCUCGAAAGCACAUCGUCUCGCUCUUUGCUGGCCAAAAAUCUUUAUGUACAGGCUUAAGAAAAUUCUCUUAAUAAGGCUAAGCUAAAAUGAGUGGCUGUCGUGUCUUCGUUGGACGUCUAAGUCCACAUGCUCGGGAGCGUGAUGUGGAGAAGUUUUUUAAAGGAUAUGGCCGCAUACGUGAAAUUCAUCUGAAAAAUGGCUUUGGUUUUGUGGAAUUUGAAGAUCACAGAGAUGCAGAUGAUGCAGUUUAUGAGCUGAAUGGUAAAGAACUGUGUAAUGAAAGGGUUACAAUUGAACAUGCCAGAGCCCGAAGAGGAGGUAGGGGCAGAUAUCCUCAACGAUUCAAUUAUUACCAAUCCUAUGGAGGUGGAUCUAGCCAGUAUGGUCCACCUCUUCGUACUGAACACAGACUUAUAGUUGAAAAUCUUUCUUCGCGUGUCAGCUGGCAGGAUUUGAAGGACUUCAUGAGAAAGGCUGGAGAAGUGACUUUUGUAGAUGCUCACAGAAACAAUCCAAAUGAAGGUGUUGUAGAGUUUGCAUCGUCUAGUGACAUGAAGAGUGCAAUGGACAAGUUGGAUGGCAGUGAGUUGAAUGGACGCAGAAUUAAAUUAGUUGAAGAUCGCAAAAGGCGCAGAAGCAGAUCCCGUUCACGAAGUUAUUCAAGAUCUCGCAGCAAAUCUAGAUCUGCAAGAUCUUCCAAGUCAAGCAGCAAGUCUCGCUCUCGCAGCCGUACACCUAAGAGAAGCUCUCGCAGCCGUACACCUGAGAAGAGAAGCUCUCGCAGCCAUACACCUGAGAGGAAGAGCUCUGAGAAAAACCACCACUCUGGCCCACAGAAUUCCUCUCCAUCUCCUCCUCCAGCCAAGAAGAGGUCUCGCUCUAGGUCAAGUUCUGCUGAAAGCCGCAGUUAAGGUAUUUUGAGAGAUGUAUAAAUACUUCAUUUCUAAGUCAAAAUUUUCUACAAGCUUAAAAUAAAUUGCAGGUGUGUGUAAGGAGGAAAUUCAGCAGGUGAGCAUAGACAUCAGAAGUGUGGGUGUAAACUUCCAUACCAUCUUAAUGGAGUUGGGUAAAUUGUAAUUAUUAACUAAAGUAAAUUGAAUUGACAAUUUAUAAUUAUCUAAAUGUGUUAUGUGUGCUGCUUUAAGUAAAUUGUUGCUGGCUAAAGCAGAACACAUAUGGGGAGUUUUAUCCUUGCUGUUGAAUAUAAUGAUCUCAAGACAUGGAUUGUGGUACCACUUUUGACUGUGCUUCUUGUUUGCACAUAGAUUACCUCCUAGUAGGCAUUUUCGCACUCUUAGCUGAACUGCACUGGCCAUUAACAUGCAAUUUAAAGAAUUUCCAGCUAUAACAUUCCCAUUAUACACUUAUCCUUUUGUAGUGAGCAAGGGUAUAUUUGGAUUCUGUAUGAGUGAUGUUGCUUAUUCUAUACUAGCAUUUACAUAAAUAGUAAUCAUCCAGGGAGGAUGUUUAAAAUGUUACCUGGCAAAGCAGAAGUGGUUCAUUUUUUAAAAUCCUAGUUUAGAAUGAGUCCUGAAAAAAGAAGUGCAUUUUCUGUAUUGAGUUGUAUAUGGAUAGGGCAAGAAGUUUUUCAGAACUUUUUUCCUGUGUUAAAUCCCCCAAACAGAAGGGAGGUGUCCAAUAAGCAGCUUGGAAGCACAUGCAACCUGUGGUCUAAGAAGGCCUCAUCUCACAGAGGAAGUCCUUUGGAAAUUACUUUGCUGGAAUUCCUAUAUUAAUGUCAAGAAGAGAGCUUUUUUCCCCUGUGUGGCUACCAGAGAGUAGCACUAAAUAGUACAGGUGCACGUGGUAUAAGUAGUAGCAGUUUGUCAAAUUUAAGGGGUGAGGAUUACUCUUGAACUGUCAACCCAAACUUCCAGUAAAAGCUUAAUGUGAUGUGAAUGUAUUAAUGCUGAAGUGUAAAAGGGCAUCUUUCUUAGGUUUACAAAACAUGCUUUUGUUUUUGUUAGUAGGUAGUACAUUGUUAGUCCUUAACCAUAUUGUGGUCACAAAAUUAUCUGGCUUCCAGUUACCUAAAAUGAGGGAAUCUGUUUGAAAUAUUGUAAAUUGGCCCCUAAAAUGUUUAAAUGUAUUGAUGUAAUACAGUACAUACAAUAAAUGUUUUCCCCCUGCUUACUGCA